UCCUACCCAACAUGGCGGCGGCUUCCGUCGCCUCGCAUUAUCCCCGUCGUUGCCUAAACGUUUAAACUGAUGCCGAGGCCGGGCAGGGAGAGGCUUCGACGCGGCUUGAGACGUCGCCGGUGACCGGCGAGAGCGCUUUGCUUAUGGUUGCCGUGUGCGGGGAGCCGGCCUGAGGAGGGGCGGUCUUAUCCGAGGAUGGCCACCGACAACCGGAUCCAUUUUUGGAGGAGAAAUGCAAAGGUUCCCGGAAGUGUGCAGCCUGUUUAUGGAGCACAGCAUCCUCCUCUGGAUCCGCGACUGCGACGCUUGUACCCCAAAGACACCAAGCUGAAGUUCAACAAUCCGAAGUCUAAAAAGACGUCAAGCUUCCACGAGUUUGCCCGCAGUACAAACGAUGCCUGGGACAUUGACGACGACCAGGAAGAUGAUGAUUUCUUUGGAGGCCCCGUCCUCUGCUCUACCCUGCCCUCCGGGUUCACUCCAAAACAGGUAGCUACUUCACCCUCACUUAUUGUUUUUAAAGCAUUUAAAGAGGUAGUACAAGAAAUCCCACAACAAUUAUCCACAUCUAAGGGAAAUUUGUGCGUUGUCUUUUCUGCUGAGCAGCAUGGAGGAAUGUCACACUUGACAGGGGAGGACACGAAGCACGAGCAUGUCAACGGCAAAGUUGUCAAGUCCAACAGCGAGGUGCACCUCAGCUCGUCCUCAGUUCGCUCCACGCUGCAGAAACAGCAGUCUCUCCCGGUUCGACCCACUAUCCCGCUUGUGGCGCGCAUUUCGGACCAGAACGCAUCGGGGGCCCCUCCCAUGACGGUGAGGGAGAAGAGCCGACUGGACAAAUUCCGGCAGCUGCUCGCGAGUGCCAACACUGACCUAGAGGAGCUCCGUAAGCACAGCUGGUCAGGUAUACCCAGGGAGGUCCGUCCAAUCACAUGGAGGCUCCUUUCCGGUUACCUGCCGGCCAACAAGGAGCGUCGGGAGCUGGUGCUCAAAAGGAAGCGGGAGGAAUACUUUGGCUUCAUUGUGCAAUAUUACCACUCCAGAACAGAUGAGCACUACAAAGACACGUACCGACAGAUUCACAUCGACAUUCCAAGGACCAACCCUCUCAUUCCAUUGUUCCAGCAGCCUGUUGUGCAAGAGGUGUUUGAGCGUAUUCUCUUCAUCUGGGCAAUUCGACACCCGGCCAGUGGUUAUGUCCAAGGAAUCAAUGAUCUGGUCACACCCUUCUUUGUUGUCUUCCUCUCCGAGUUUGUCAUGGAGGAUAUGGAGAACUUUGAGGUCGCUGCCCUGCCUCUGGACACGCAAAGAAACAUCGAAGCGGACAGCUUCUGGUGCAUGAGCAAGCUGCUGGAUGGAAUACAGGACAACUACACCUUUGCUCAGCCGGGAAUCCAGAACAAAGUCAAAGAUUUGGAGGAGCUUGUCAGCCGAAUUGAUGAGGACAUUCACAAUCAUUUCAAAAAGUAUGAGGUGGAGUAUUUACAGUUUGCCUUCCGCUGGAUGAACAAUUUGUUGAUGAGGGAACUUCCACUGCGUUGCACCAUCCGUCUGUGGGACACCUACCAGGCUGAAGCAGAAGGAUUCUCCCACUUUCACUUGUACGUCUGCGCUGCGUUCCUCAUUGAGUGGCGCAAGGAAAUCCUCUCCAUGAUUGACUUCCAGGGCCUUCUGAUACUACUGCAGAACCUUCCCACAAUCCACUGGGGCAACGAGGAAGUGGGCCUCCUGCUGGCCGAAGCUUAUAGACUGAAGUACGUGUUUGCAGACGCUCCCAGCCACUACAAGAGGUAGAUGUCCUGGCACAUUCUGCUAGACUCUGGGUCUGACGUCCCCUCAAAGACACUGACGUCUUGAUCUAAAACCGUCCUCACACUGGACUAAGGAGCUCCACACGGUGUUUAAAGAUCUCCAUCGUUUGCUAUUGAACACUGGACUGUUAGACUUUAAAGCACACGCCUACGCCAUCUUGCUGCAGUCAUGCGACUGAUUGUUUCUCCCGUCCUAACGUCUUCGCAGGAGACCUUUUCGUCCUUUUUUAAAGGGUUGACAAAUGUCUUGAUCAUCCGGCAUCAAAGAUGAUCGACAUGUUUUAUUUUUACGGGUUUUUGGGGUUACUGUUUUAAAGAUUAAUCAUUACCUGACAGGUAGAAAAUGUUGAUGUACAGUACAGUCGUCCCUUGUCUAUCGUGGCUAAUUGGUUCCAGGUCUGACGGUGGUAAACAAAUUCACACCAAUUAGGAUUAUUGUUAGUAAAUAUUUUCAUCAUUAGAACAUUAAAAAAAACCUUGUGACCUUCUAAAUAUGUUUUUUUAACAAUCGCAGCCCUCUAAAGUUGAAAUACAGUGGGGCAAAAAAGUAUUUAGUCAGCCACCGAUUGUGCAAGUUCUCCCACUUAAAAUGAUGACACAGGUCUGUAAUUUUCAUCAUAGUUACACUUCAACUGUGAGAGACAAAAAAUUGAAAAAAAAAUCCAGGAAUUGACAUUGUAGGAAUUUUUAAGAAUUUAUUUGUAAAUUAUGGUGGAAAAUAAGUAUUUGGUCAACCAUUCAAAGCUCUCACUGAUGGAAGUUUUUGGCUCAAAAUCUCACAAUACAUGGCCCCAUUCAUUCUUUCCUUAACAUGAAUCAAUCGUCCUGUCCCCCUUAGCAGAAAAACAGCCCCAAAGCAUGAUGUUUCCACCCCCAUGCUUCACAGUAGGUGUGGUGUUCUUGGGAUGCAACUCAGUAUUCUUCCUCCAAACACGACGAGUUGUGUUUGGAUACAUGGUUGAUUGACUGAAUGCUUGUUUUCUAGAAAAAAAAUGAUCCAGUGUUUCCAAAUUUUGAAUUAUUUAUGCAGUGUUUCCCCCAGAAAAUGUGUUAGUUAAGGUGGUGACUCUCCAGGGGGAGGAGAUCGGGGAAGGGGUUUGUAAGAAUCGGUGUAACUCGGCCUGUCGCCGUCACGUCGCUGCCACCAAAGCCUGGGGUGGCAAUAGACUACAGACUGCGCUGAAGUAGGCCAGCUUCGUCGCGUGAAGAAACCUACAACUUUUCGUUGUGUUUUCCACUCCAUUUGCUGAAUGGUGAUAUAUGAUAUAUCAUAUAUUGAUUGAUGUUUUUUCCGUAAAGUAAAAACAAAACAGUCCUAGGUACCUGAGAUACUAAGUACGUCGUUCUUAUGACAUAGUAAUUUACUAAGUCAAAACAAUGACUUAAUAAGUCAAAAUAAUGACUUACAAGGACACAUUAAUGACUUACUGUGAGUAAGCAGGCUUCACGGUGGCAGAGGGGUUAGUGCGUCUGCCUCACAAUAAGAAGUUCCUGCAGUCCUGGGUUCAAAUCCAGGCUCGGGAUCUUUCUGUGUGGAGUUUGCAUGUUCUCCCCGUGAAUGCGUGGGUUCCCUCCGGGUAUUCCGGCUUCCUCCCACUUCCAAAGACAUGCACCUGGGGAUAGGUUGAUUGGCAACACUAAAUUGGCCCUAGUGUGUGAAUGUGAGUGUUAAUGUUGUCUGUCUAUCUGUGUUGGCCCUGCGAUGAGGUGUACCCCGCCUUCCGCCCCAUUGUAGCUGAGAUAGGCGCCAGCGCCCCCCGCAACCCCAAAAGGGAAUAAGCGGUAGAAAAUGGAUGGAUGGAUGUAAGUAAGCGUUAACAAUAAGCGUUUGAAAAAAACAGUUAAAAGUGGGGCCACGUGCUGACAUAUGCUCAACUCAUCAUGCUUAAUUUAUUACAGCAUUUGGGAAGCCUGUAGUUGAUUUUUACUGCUCCACUGCUCCCCUCACCUCCCAGGAUGUGAUGAAUGGUGAUUGGUCAAAUACAGAGAAUAAUUUUGCCACACUUAGUGUGUGUGACAAUCAUUGGUACUUUAACUUUAACAAGAAGAGAAAAGGAUUUAUUUUUUGCAUUGGAACAUGUAAAAAUGGGCUUGUUAUAGGCGGCGAACAACGCAGAUAAUGUUAGCAAUGAAUUCUACCUCUAAAUCACUUUAAAGAUGUAUUAAAAAAUACGUCAACAAUACUUCAUUUAGGAUUGGGAGAAUGUCAUGUGGUCAGAUGAAACCAAAAUAGAACUUUUUGGUAUAAACUCAACUCGUCGUAUUUGGAGGAAGAAGAAUACUGAGUUGCGUCCCAAGAACACCAUACCUACUGUGAUGCAUUGGGGUGGAAACAUCAUUCUUUGGGGCUGUUUUUCUGCUAAGGGGACAGGACGACUUUUCGUGGCGACUUGUCCAGGGUGUACCCUGCCUUCCGCCCGAUUGUAGCUGAGAUAGGCGCCAGCGCCCCCCCGCGACCCCUAAAAGGGAAUAAGCAGUAGAAAAUGGAUGGAUGGAUGGGACAGGACGAUUGAUCCGUGUUAAGGAAAGAAUGAAUGGGGCCAUGUAUCGUGAGAUUUUGAGCCAAAACCUCCUUCCAUCAGUGAGAGCUUUGAAUGGUUGACCAAAUACUUAUUUUCCACCAUAAUUUACAAAUAAAUUCUUUAAAAUUCCUACAAUGUGAAUUCCUGGAUUUUUUUUUUUCACAUUCUGUCUCUCACAGCUGAAGUGUACCUAUGAUGAAAAUUACAUACCUCUGUCAUCAUUUUAAGUGGGAGAACUUGCACAAUCUGACUUAAUACUUUUUUGCCCCACUGUAACAUCAAUAUAGUCACCUUUAUACUAGCCUUGAGUGUGUUCUACUGUAGAUUACAGUACUCACUGGUACUCAACUGUCACUGCUAUGAUAGUCACCCGGCCACUACAACACGGCCACGACGUGGAAAUACUUCAUCAGAUCCUGGGUAAUUAGUAGUAGUUAAAACUGGGCUUCAUGUGCUGAAACCACAGGCAUAAAUUAUUCUGUAAAAACCUGGUCAACUUAAUCGUCGCAACUACGACCAUUAGCUCUGUUGUUAGCAUUCUGUGUUUUUAGCACUGCCUUGUUAGCAAUAAGUGGCGCGCUAGUGCCGCUUUUGUCUCGUCUUUUGACUUUGCUCAUUGCUCACCAAAAGUUGGUCUAAUUAUAGUGUCGAUGAGGUUAGCGCCAAGAUUAACCGCCAUUUUGUUAGCAUUGUUCACCCUUAACUCGGAAACUUAAAUGCCACUUGGUGAAUAGCUUUAUUGAUCGCCACAAAAUAAUAAUAAAAAUAAGACAAACACUGCACUCCAAUUGGUAUGAGACAUUAACAAAUAAAUAAGACUUCAUUUAAACACUGGAUUUAAGCCACAAAUAUGUACAAAAUGCUUUAAAAUAUAUGCCUUAUUUUCCGGACUAUAGACUGCAUCGGGAUAUAAGCCACACCCACUAAAUUUUAGAAGAAGAAAAAAUAUUGUCCAUAUAUUAGCCGCACUGGACUAUAAUCCGCAUAUGUCUACUUUGUGAAAUUAGUUAUUUACACAGAACAUUUUUGUAAAUGUUAAUUUACAUACCUUUAUUAUUUCCACACAAUGUCUGUAACGCGGCAGUAAAACGGAUGAUCAAACAAAACAGAAGUCAUCAUCAUGGACCCAAUCAGUUAAACACUCAAUAACUUCACGGUGACGUUUUGGUGAAUUCACUAGGGAAAUUGUAAAACAAACAAUUUAAAAAGAAUGCCGUUGUAAGUUAAUAAUACUAACACAGACAGUCGUAAACAUGUUAGCAUAGUAGCUAAUUCUACGACGCAAGCUUCAAAAAAUGAUGCUAGCACUCCUACAGGCAUCACACAUGAGACGGUUUAGUAAGUAAGAAUACUGUAUUUCCUUGAAUUGCCGCAGGGCAUAUAGUAUGCGCCUGCCUUGAAUUACUGCCGGGUCAAACUCGCUUCCCAAAAUAAUUAGCGCAUGCUUAGUAUUACCGCCUGGUCAAACUCGUGACGUCACGAGUGACACUUCCCCUGUCAUCAUUUUCGAAAUGGAGGAGGCUGAUUUCAAUACCGGUCAUUUGAAAUCGCGUAAUGGGAAGAAGAUUAAGAGCUAUUCAGUAGGAUUUAAGGUCCAAGCUUACAUCACACUCAAAUUUUUAUUGCAUACCUUUGGUAAGUGCCGGAGUGAGAAGAGAUUUUGAAUUGAUUAGCGCCCCGGCGGCAAUUCAAGGAAAUACGGUAGUUUUACUUGUAUUGUAAAACUUACAAACAUUGCUUCAAGUGACAAAUGAAGAAUCCAUUUGAUCAGAAACGGGACUUCUACUUCUGGUUGAAAGCACUAGAUAAAAAGAACACCAAAGCAUGGCAGCACCUGCUGUGAGCGAACUUGUUCAAAAGAUGGCGCAAUAGCACGAACAGUAACACAUCUGGAAACUUAAAUGCCACUUGGUGAAUAGCUAUAUUGAUCGCUACAAAAUAAUAAUAAAAAUAAGACAAACACUGCACUCCAAUAGGUAUAAGACAUUAACGAAUAAAUAAGACUUAAUUUAAACCCUGGAUUUAGGCCACAAAUAUGUACAAAAUGCUUUAAAAUAUAUGCCUUAUUUUCCGGACUAUUGACUGCAUCGGGAUAUAAGCCACACCCACUGAAUUUUAGCCGCACUGGACUACAAUCCGCAGAUAUCUACUUUGUGAAAUGAGUUAUUUACACAGAAAAAUUUUGUAAAUGUUAAUUUACAUACCUUUUACUAUUUCCACACAAUGUCUGUAACGUGGCAGUAAAACGGCUGAUCAAACAAAACAGAAGUCAUCGUCAUGGACAAUAACUUCAUGGUGACGUUUUGGUAAAUUCACUAAGGAAAUUGUAAAACAAACUAUUUAAAAAGAAUGCCGUUGUAAGUUAAUAAUACUAACACAGACAGUCGUAAACAUGUUAGCAUAUUAGCUAAUUUAACCACGCGAGCUUCAAAAAAUGAUGCUAGCACUCCUACAGGCAUCACACACGAGACGGUUUAGUAAGUAACAAUACCGUAUUUCCUUAAAUUGCCGCAGGGCAUAUAGUAUGCGCCUGCCUUGAAUUACUGCCGAGUCAAACUCACUUCCCAAAAUAAUUAGCGCAUGCUUAGUAUUACCGCCUGGUCAAACUCGUGACGUCACGAGUGACACUUCUCCUGUCAUUAUUUUCAAAAUGAAGGAGGCUGAUUUCAAUGCCGGUAAUUUGAAAUCGCAUAAAGGGAAGAAGAUUAAGAGCUAUUCAGUAGGAUUUAAGGUCCAAGCUUACAUCACACUCAUUUUUUUACUGCAUACCUUUGGUAAGUGCCGGAGUGAGAAGAGAUUUUAAAUUGAUUAGCGCCCCGGCGGCAAUUCAAGGAAAUACGGUAGUUUUAGUUAUAUUGUAAAACUUACAAACGUUGCUUCAAGUGAUGAAUGAAGGAUCCAUUUGAUCAGAAACGGCACUUCUACUUCCGGUUGAAAGCACUAAAUAAAAAGAACACCAAAGCAUGGCAGCACCUGCUGUGAGCGAACUUGUUCAAAAGAUGGCGCAAUUGCACAAACAGUCACACAUCUGUUCAUGAUUUGUGUUAUGGCCGUCGUCGAAAAUGAAUCCAUAAAUUAGCAUAACGUUUUAUAAGCCACAGGGUUCAAAGCGUAAGAAAAAAGUAGUCGCUUAUAGUCCGGAAUUUACGGUCUGUAUUUGAUUCUGCAAUGUCGUGAAGCCGCAGAUAUGGCACAUGGGGACGACUGUAAUGAAAGAUAAUUGUUCUAUAUAUUAAAUGAAGCCAACUCCCCCUUUCAGAUACGUUUUGCUAGCUGUAAUUAGAAUCGGCCAAUCAAACGCCACCGCUUCAAAGGUCCACCUGUUUUUGAAUCUCAUGCUGUUAUUUCACGGUGUGUUUCAGGUGUGCGUACUAAAAGGAGCAAAGAGGCGGACGUUACGUUUGUCCUCGCUAAAAGUGUUUUAGUUUCUCUCUACUCGUGAAUUGUAUUGCCUCCUUUUGUUGAGGAGACAUGACCUACCAGGUUCAUGUAGCUUUAGAAGCCAUUUUAUCAUAAAAUUAAGUAUAUUUUGAUAUUUUACUUAAGGUACUUCUAGCAUUCCUAAAUGCACUUUGUAUUUUUUUUUGUUACACUUUGAUGUUUUAUUCAAUACGCAGAAGUAUAAUGAAUAGUUAUGACUAGGGGUGUACCGAUUCAAUAUUGUUAUCAGAUAUUUGUCCGAAACCAGCGAUAAAAUAUAUCAGCCUGCAUCUACAAACAUCUGAUAUAAGAACUCCCACACAAGCAGCCUGUUCUGUUCCUGCUAGCGACUCUUCCUGUUAGUUCAGCAAACCGAUACCAGAUUAUCUCCAGUUGAGAGUGUUUAAAACACUAAAACUAGUGAUAUGUGCAUCGACACUGAAAUUUCGAUACUGCCGAUACCAGAUCCUUAUGCUCUAUCGAUUUCUAAAUCAAAAUAUUGAUUCUUUUUUAAUAUUUUAGUUCAGAGGUGCUGAAAUUUUUUUCCUUCAAGGGCCAAGUAUGCGGGGCUCAUAUUGAUAUAUUUUUUUAUUUAAAAAUAAAACUGCUAAAAACAGAUAUUGGGUAAGAUUUGAUUAGAACAUUUCAGCUUUUUGUCAUUACACACCGAUUUUUUUUUUCUCUCUCUUGCUUACAUUUUACAUUUCAUUUUUCAAAUUGUUUUAUUUUUCAAUGAACUAACUAAACUUUGUUCAUGUUUUAGGUAUCAUUUAUUUUUAUUUUGAGAGCUGCUAAUACUUUAGAUCAGGUGUGUCUAAACUUUGUCCACCAAGGACUGCAUUCUGAAAAGUCAAGUAAAACAGAUAUUAGAUCAAUUUAAAGACAAAGUACAUUAUCAUUAGAUAGAUAUGUCAGUUAUUUGUCAUUACAUAAUCAAUUUUACUGUUUUAUAUAUAUAUAUAUAUAUAUAUAUAUAUAUAUAUAUAUAUAUAUAUAUACAUACAUAUAUAUGUGUGUGUGUUAUUUUAGCAGACAGGUAUAUUUGCACAAAGUAUCUGUAUCGGAUUGAUAUCGCCAUUACCAGCCUGAAUUUUACUUGGUAUCGGAUCGGAAAGAAAGUCGGGGGUCUCGCACAUCACUACUAAAAGCUAAAAGUACAGAAGUAUAAAGUAUGUCAACAUAAAAAACAUGCCAUAUAAAAUAACUUGUCUGUUACAUUCCAACAUUUAAAACAAAUACACUAGCUCGAUGCUAAUUUACACUGGGUAUGCUGUUUACAUGCUACUUAUUAGCAUUACUUAUUUUACAUGGCAAUUUCAACACCUCCAAAUUUGCAAAUGAAAACUACAAUUAAGAUGUACGUUCACAAUUAAAUAGCUGACGUGUAAUAAGUACAAAACUUGCAGGAUAAACACUUUGUAGGACACAACAAGAGACAAAACCGGCACGACUUUCCUGACUACGGCAGCACACCUAGGACAAACUUAAAUUAAUUUAUACUUGCAAAUGAUCCUGAUAUUACCCUGAUAUCGAUAUCGGACAAUAGUCGGAAGUGGAAAAAGCUGUAUCGCGACACCCCUACUUGGUAUGACUAAAUGACUUUUGCUGCAACAGUAUUGAUUGUGCAAAAUGUUGUGAAAGCAGUGCUCAUCUCAAUCAAUGCUCUACAACUUUGUGUCCGUCCUCCUGAUUGCUUUUGAAUGAUUUUACCACUCAGACAUAUUUAACGAUCCGCUUCGCGGUACCAAAGGACGUUGGUGAGUAUUUCAGAGUAAGUGCUCAAGACUACAGUAUAUGUCCAUGCCUUUGUCAAGAUGUACUUCUGUCUUUUACCAUGUGACACACAAAUGCUUUGUCCUCAGUCCUGCUUUUUGUCUCCUUGCUCGACUCGCAUUGUCCUUGGAUCGGAAGUAACAAAUGUGAUUUGAGGAAGUGGCGUAUUAACAUGAGAUUUACAUGUGGAAGAGUUGACAAUCCUCGACUUUGGUAUUGACGUUUCCAUAAAUGUGAGUAGGUAAUAUUCAUGUGGGUCGAUGGCGUGUUGUCAUGCUGCAUCUAAGGCCUGACAUUGUAUGGCAGCUAGGUAACAAAAUUAGUGUUGAGGAUUUUGUUUUGCUAUUCUAACUUGUCAGUUCAUGCAUAACAAGCCUGAGCUGCUUAUUGAGCAUUUACAUAAGAUACUGACGAUAAAUACUAAAUCUCUGUAUCUCAUUUGAGCCAGAUAAAAAGGGAGUUUUGUCAUCCAUGAAUAUAUGGUUUAUUUUAAACCAUUUUUUUGUUGUUGUAAAUGCAAAGUAUUUCAGUGCUUCAUUCAUGCCUCUCUUCGAAGUAUUGUUUUUUACAUAUUAUUUGGUUUUAAUAUUAACUCAAUAUCCUAAAAGAAAAGGCGUUCCUGAUUGUGUGUUGUUGCUGUUUAAUCAAUGUAUGCCAAAUGUUGCUUUGGGCCAAUACAAGCUGUGUUAGAAUGACUUACUUCAGCCUUAAAGGGAGUAUUUGAUUGUUACAGUACUGUAAUGUACAUUAUUUUUGUUUAUAUUAAACGAUUGCUAUGUUUUGUUUUGGGCAAUCA